ACGCAGAAGAGUAUGCAAUGCGCUGUAGGAAAGCUGCGGGAUACAACUCCGUGUAUACGUUGCGGUCCCUAACCCGUAGAAGUGGGCAGACACUGGUAUCCAACCUGCAGCCGAUCAAGAUAGACCCGAUUCAGUGCAUUUAACGUUAACGUUGCCUAGACUGAUCAUUAUAAACGAUCCGCAGGAAACAGUGCUCCUUGGAGCGGAUCUGGAAUUCAUUAUAAGUCUUCUAGUCGUGCUCGUAUGUGGUCCAGGAAUGGAAAUGAACAUGGCUCGAUGGGCAAGAGCAAAAAAAAAAAAAAAAGACAGCGCGCUGGUUUGGCUAAGCGCGGCAAAUAUCGAAACAAGGGUAUGGGUCGCCCUCUGCGUUCGAAGGCAGGUAUAAAUACAGCUUCCUUCUCCUCACACUUUCAGUCCUCACUCAACUCAAAGCCAAACCGACCCCAAAGUACUCAUCUACAACAAACGCACACACUCCCCCGUCCUCACCUCACAACAUCAAGCAAACAAUCCCCAAUCAUGCCUUUCUUCAAGUCCGCCUCCAAGAAGAGCCAGACCGCCUCCGCUGCGACCACGCCCGCCCAAACGCCUCGCAACUCCAUCCACGAGCAGCGCCCUAGCCAGCCCAAGAUGACCAAGGACCAGGCCCUCGAGAUGAUCUUCAACACGUCGAUGGCUGAUGCCGCUGCCGGCCCCUUCAUCCGUUAAGCAUGGCCGAUUCUAAGUGUGGAUGCCUGAUCUCUCGUUCAAACACCUUGCUUCCGCAAAACAAAAACAAAAUUCUCCCAAUCAUCGCAGCAUCAUCCGUAUACCUCAACAGCAUAUUCAUAGCGCGUCUCACACUGUACCAUAGCACAUAAAUCAGCAUUUUAUAUCAUUAAAAAAAAAGAUCUGUAAUAUCGAACAA